GGCAGAUAAUUUCAAAAUUACAGUUUCUUCCUAAAUACAGCAGCAUGGAGCUAAAGAGAAAAUAUAUUCUGCAGUUGUUAAUGGUAAUUCGUCUGGGGGCCACCCCUGUUAGCCUGAGCUUGCUCUCCAUCCAGGUUUAUGCUGCUUCUUCAGAGAAGGAGACUUCCAAAAAGGAGUUGCUGAAAAUUGAGGAGCUGUCACUCUACUCCUCUCCAGCUCGUGAGACUAAAUAUGUGGAGAAUCCACAAACCCAAUUGGAAGAGGGGGUUUCACGUUUGCGGCAUAUUAUGGAGCCAUACACAGCCUGGUGUCAGGAUCUUUAUGCCAAAGCUAUGCCCAAAUUAGAAAAAGCUGUUGAGCAUGGUAGAGAGGGCUAUGAAUUUCUCCAAACCCCCCCUGCUGGAUUUUAUCCAAGGCUUGGUGUGAUAGGUUUUGCUGGAAUUGUUGGAUUGUUUCUUGCUAGAGGAUCUAAAAUAAAGAAGCUAGUGUAUCCUGCAAGUCUCAUGGGUAUUGGUGCCUCCAUGUAUUACCCUCAGCAAGCAGUUGCUGUUGCAAAGGUUGCUGGUACACAGGUGUAUGACUGGAGUCUUCAGGGAUAUAUUGCUGUAGAAUCUCUUUGGAAGGAUAAUCCUAAGAAGAAGAAAUCUGCGAAAAAAAGUGAUAAGGGUGAUACAGAUGGUGACAAGCCCCUGGAAAUCCAUGCUGCUUCAAAUGAAGAGCAAGCACAGAAGUAGUAGAACAUCAGAUCACUUGGCAUCGAACAGGUGAACAAAAAAUACAGAUACAAGCAACAAUUUCCCAAGAAAAAGAGGAAAACCAUCUGAAUCCAUUUUGAUUUUGAAUGUGACUAAUCUGCCUUCUGCCUCAGGAAAGACUGACAGUGUGCUGCUUGGGCUGCUGGUAUGGAAUCGGUGAAAGGACACUAUGUAUUUUGGGUCAGUCUUGAGAUCUUGUCUUCAGUUCUGCAGUGGGACUCAAGUCUGCCCGUGCUUGUCCCAUUGCAGGUUCAGCACUGCAGGUAGCAAGUCUCAAAAAUCCUCAGUUUCUUGUUAUUAUUUAUAUAUAAAAUAAAAAUCCAGUUACACGAAA